AUGCCCUUUCCCUUCCCCCCCAUCAGCCCUGAAGAACGAGCUUCCCUCAAAACCUCCCUCAAAGUCCACGAAGACUACCGCCUCCUCCUCUACCUCCGGCAAUGCAUCACCAACGUCGAGAAGGCCAUCCGCGCCGGCGGCCCCCUCACCAUCGGCGCGCGCGAAUUCGCCACCCUCCGCCGCGUGCUCACGCUCGCCUCGCAGGCCAAGUUCGACGACGCGGGCCUCUACUACCGCGUCUCCGAGAUUGGCCGCGCCAUCAGCCACCUCAUGAAGCCCGACGUCUACGGCGCCGACAUCGCCUGGACGGCCAGCAAGCUGUGCGAGCGCUGGGGGCGCGGCGAGUUUGCGCCGGGCCCCGUGCCGCUGGACGACGACUUUGAGUUUACGAGCGACGACGAGGAGGAGCGCGCCAGCGGCGAUGGGUGGAGUGAGGAUGGCGAUGUGCCGAGUGGCUGGGAGGAUGGGGGGCUCAUGCGUGGUAUCAAGAUCACCAGGUCCCGCACCGGGGGACGGACGUACAGUCUCGACCCGGCGUACCCACGCCGUGAAGCUGCCGUGUUUGGCGAUAACGGGCUGCAGAUCGGAGAUUGGUGGCCGUACCAGAUCUGCGCACUCCGCGACGGCGCCCACGGCUCACGCAUGGGCGGCAUCCACGGCCGCAUCCAAAGCGGCGCCUUCAGCGUCGUCAUCUCCGGCAACGUCGACUACGAAGACACCGACGCCGACCAAGGCGACACGGUCUUCUACUCCGGCUCCCGCGGCAACCGCAAAGACGAGGACCUUCGCGGCAGCGACGUGCCGCCCGUGCUCACGAACGCCACAAUGUCGCUCAUCAAGUCCGAGCAGACGGGGCGGGCUGUCCGGCUGCUCCGCAGCCAGAAGGACUCGCGCUGGGCGCCGUCGGUUGGCAUCAGAUAUGACGGGCUGUAUCGGGUUGUUAGUCAUGUUACGUUGACGACGGAGGAGGGGGUUGGGUUUUAUCGCUUUACGCUCAGUAGGUGCCCGGGACAGGUGCCGAUUGAUAGGAGCCGCCCGAGUCUGGCGGAGAGGAAGGAGUACGUGAAGAUGACGCAUAACCGUUAG